AUGGGAAAGUUUGUUUGGAUAUAUAUAAUAAUUACAACCGUCGUCACUGUUCAGGGAUACACAAAAUACGGACGUGACUGCCAAGAUAUAGGAUGUCCUUCUGGCCAGGUUUGCAUUAUAAAAGAGGAUCCCUGUACAGAUUCAACACAAAUUGGCACUCAAUGCGGAAAAUAUCCCACAUGCUUGGGAAAGGAGCAACAGCACUAUAGUUCAGGUUCUUGUUAUACCUACAAUUUUUAAAGCAGGCAUCUUGUAAUUGGAAUGGGCAGAGGGAACGGAAUGAAUAACGGCGGAAACGGUGGCAAUGGCAUGGGUGGACAGAAUGGCAACGGAAUGGGUGGACAGAACGGAAAUAGAAUGAGAGGUAAUGGAAUGGGCGGUAAUGGAAUGGGACCGGGGGGAAUGGGUGGUAAUGGAAUGGGACCCGUAGGAAUGGGUGGUACUGGAAUAGGUCCUGGUGGUAUGGGCUAUGACGCUAUGAAUGGAAUGGGAAUGGGUGGAAAUGGAAUGGGUUCAGGUAAUCGAAUGGGACCCGGUGGAAUGGGUGGUAACGGAAUGGGACAAGGCGGAAUGAGUGGCAAUGGAAUGGGACCGGGUGGAAUGGGUGGCAACGGAAUGGGACCUGGAGGAAUGGGUGGCAAUGGUAUGGGAUCAGGCGGAAUGGGUGGCAAUGGAAUGGGUCCCGGAGGAAUGGGUGGCAAUGGAAUGGGAUUAGGCGGAAUGGGUGGCAAUGGAAUGGGUUACGGAGGCAUAAGUGGAACUGGAAUGGGUGGCCAGGGCGGUUACAACCGAAGGGGUGGGCAAAACGGAAUGGGUGGUCCGAAUGGAAUGGGAGGACCACCUGGAGGGCAAAACGGAAUGGGUGGACCACCUGGUGGGCCCAAUGGAAUGGGCCCAGGAAACUGGCAAGGCAAUAACAAUUGGGGAAACGGAAAUAGUAAUCGAUCAAGAGGCGGCACAUCUAAUCAAAACUACAGUACUACUUCAACGACAACAACGGAUGGCUGGUAG